AUGCAUCGUGACGAGAGAACAUCCUUUCCGUCAAAUAGGCGCCCUGUCAAUCGACGAGUGCACCUCGUGCCCAAACGGGCCAAGAGUUGCCCUACCUCGGCUGCCCUUGUCACAAGAGUGGACAUACAGAAGCCAAAAUUCAUAGCAGACGUAAUCUUCGACUUCAGGCUACAUGGAGUCACUGUGCGAUGGGACGUAAACCAGUUGAAACGCAUGAAAGUAGAGGAGCUUAGAGUGGCUUUGAAGCCAGAAGACGGGUCGGAGGAAGCAAAGGAGGCGAGUGCAAGCGUGGAGGAUGGAUCAGUAGAUUUUGACGAACUGACAUCCUAUACAAUGCAUGUAUUGGAGUUGGGUGGUUAUCAACAAGAUGAUCAAAUUUUCCUCAACCAAAGAACGCUUAGAACGUGGCCAAGUGCGCCCUCACCAAUACAACGUGCCAAAGGGAGAGCAAUAUCCACACAAGAAAUCUACAUUAAGUGGAAGAAACCGACGCUAAACAAUGGCAUCCUCCAACCCUACUUCGCUUCCUGUGUAAGUGCGGUGGAAGGCAGCGCUCCAGUAAGUGCAUCAACUAAGGACAACGAAACGGAGUCCAUUACAGUUAGAGGUCUGCUUCCGAAUACCGAAUAUCGGUGCACCGUGGUGGCUAAGACAAUUCCAGCCGAUGGACAGGAGCCGUCACAAUGUGAAAGUCGGACAGAAUUACCGACUGCUAUUCGAACCAUGGCUUUGGUUUUCGUUGCCGUUGUUACUUCUUCCUCUACUGCUGCUAAUGCUCUGGCGCCCUUCUUGCAGCUCCUUGAGAAGGCUCGUUUGAAGCAAGUCAACUUUGUCCUCAUCUGUCCUCUCCAUGUAAGCAGGCUGGAGGUUGAAGAGGUCUGCGAGACCAGACGAAAUGGUUUGGGUGACCAAAGAAUGUGA